GUGGAGUGUGUUAGUCGUGGUUCCAAGUCCAUAGUAGGAUAAGUCUGAGAGAGCGAUCAAAAUCAAAAUGUUUGGCUGAAAAGUAGUUCAAGUCUUGACCAUACCGAGCUAGGUACACCUGGUACUGAUGCUCUCUAUACUGUAACCAAUUACCCGUCUCGAAAACUUUUUUUUCUCCAGAAAGCCCAUGCUAUAUCUCUUUAAAAUCGCCGGCAACUGUUCCCGAGAAGCUUACUUUACCUUAGUACCUAGGAGGUGUCAUAUAAAACCCCCCCCUCACCCACCGACGCGCACACACGACCACGUUUCCCUUUCCCUUUCCCUUCCCCGUCCCCUCCUACGUGACUAAUUCGGUACAUACCUUACCUACCCACGGUCCUUCCUCCUUCUCCUCCUUCUCCUCCUCCCCCCCCCUCCGUCACUCUCGCCACGCCUUGUGUCGUCGAGUCGAUUUAACUGUCGAGAUGGACCCUGCUAUCAGCGAGGGGGAAAAGAGUUCGAAGGAGAAUUCUCUAACGAGCCAUGUUCAGAAGGAUGUUGAGGCUGGCGAAGACCAGCUGCAUCGGGGGCUUCGCAGCUACCACUUGCAGUUCAUCGCCAUCGGAGGAACGGUCGGAACCGGUCUGUUCCUAGGAAGCGGGGAGGCGUUGGCGACGGCGGGGCCUGUUGGCUGUCUCAUCGCCUUCCUUUUCGUCGGCUCGAUCGUCUUCUCCGUCAUGGCGAGUCUGGGCGAGAUGGCUUCCUUCAUCCCCGUGGCCGGCAGUUUUACCGUGUACGCUUCCCGAUUCGUCGAUCGCUCUCUCGGUUUCGCCAUGGGUUGGAUUUAUUGGUUCAGCUGGUCCAUAACGUUUGCCCUCGAACUCGUAGCAGCCGGUGUUAUCAUCCAGUAUUGGAACUCGACUCUCAGCAUUGGAAUCUUCAUCGCCGUUUUCUGGGUGGUCUUCACGGGCGUCAACUUCUUGCCUAUCCGUUAUUUUGGCAGCUUCGAAAUGUGGUUCUCUAGCAUCAAGGUCGUCACUAUCGUCGGCUUCAUCAUAUUUGCUAUUUGUAUCGAUGCUGGCGUGGGUAAGAACGGGUAUCUCGGAUUCAAAACCUGGGUACACCCUGGUCCUUUUGCUGAAUCCAUCAAGGAAGGAAAUACUGGGAAGUUUAUUGGGUUUUGGUCCGUUCUGGUCACCGCUGGAUUUAGCUACCAAGGCGCGGAGCUUGUCGGUAUUGGUGCGGGAGAGACUCACGACCCGGCAAAGAACGUCCCAAAGGCCAUUAGGUGGACGUUCUGGGGGAUUCUGUCUCUUUUCGUCUCGACCAUAUUUUUUAUCGGCUUGCUCGUACCAUUUGACAACCCCGAUCUCCAGAUCGGCACUCAAAACGCCUCGGCAUCGCCCCUUGUUAUCGCAGCCAACCUCGCUGGUGUUUCCGUCCUCCCCCAUAUCAUCAACGCCGUCCUGUUAACUGCCGUACUGUCCGCUGCCAACUCAAAUGUUUACUCUGGAAGUCGAAUUCUCGUCGGGUUAGCCUCGGAGAGAAAUGCCCCUGCAUUCUUGGCCCGCACGAACAAGUUUGGAACUCCCUAUUUCGCAGUAGCUGUCACUUCAGCCAUUGGCCUUCUCGCUUUUAUGAACUUGUCGUCUAAUGGUAGCGACGUCUUCAACUGGCUGCUGAACAUUACUGCCAUAGCUGGUUUCAUCACCUGGUCCUGUAUCAGUGUCUGCCACUUACGAUUCAUGGAAGUCAUAAAGGCCAAAGGAAUUUCCCGAGAGAAUCUUCCAUAUGCGGCACCAUUCCAGCCGUACUUGACUUGGUUCGGUCUGUUCUUCUGUGUGUUGAUUCUCCUAACAAACGGAUUUACAGUUUUCAUUGAGUGGAAAACUAGCGAUUUCUUCGCGGCAUAUGUUAGCCUUAUGCUGUUUGUUGUGCUCUUUGUGGGGCACAAGCUGAUAUUCUGGACAAAGCCCAUCAAACUAGCUGAUGUAGACCUUGACCGUGACAGAAUCCAGCACUAGUUUCUAAUAUACACGUAAAUAGUUUAUAGCAAUUUUUAUUAUGAUUAUACCCUUACUAUCGAAUAUUGG